AUGGCACAGCUGCCUUACUGGUGCAAAGGAGAGGGUAUUGACCCUGAACAUGCCAUACUAGUUAAGGAUGUUCCUGUAGAUACAGAACUGCAUUUCAUUGAGAGCACCCUAGAAUCUAUCAAGGCCCUAACUAUGCUAGAAAAGGUGAACGGCAAGAGCAUUCCGCUGGAUGUUUUGCCCGAGGGAGCUGAGGAACCAUGGAGGAUUGUGGGGCCCUUAGCUGAGGAACAUCAGAUGCCUGCUCAAGAUGGACGGAGAGGAGACCAUGUAGCGGAUGCUGCUAGCCCACUCCAGGCCUGCUCACCUGAGGCCAUCAUUAGAGCGGAACAACUUGUCAACUGGGUAGAGCAGGCUCGCUUUAUGGUUGAGGAAUGUGAUAGGUCAGACAGAGAAAAGGGAAUGAGGAUACUGGUGAGUUUGAAGGGACCUGCCUUGGAAAUUAUCCAGGCUGUUCGAUUUAAUAAUCCAGAAGCAACUCCUCGAGAGUACGCUGAUGUCAUUGAGAACACGUUUGGUACCCUUGAGACAGAGGAAGAACUCUACUUUACCUUCAGACUCCUUAGCCAACACCCAGGUGAGAGACUGUCUGAGUUCCUGAGAAGAAUGGAGAGGGUUUUGAGCAAAGUUGUGCAGAAAGGAGGCCUGCCACCUACCUUAGCAGAUCGUGCACGCCUAGGACAACUCAUUAAAGGAGCCACUGGGUCGGACAUGAUGGUUCUUAACCUAGGCAUCUGCUUAUCAACAAAACAAGAAGAGGAAACAAUGGUAGAAAGAGUUUACAUUUAUUGCUGA